AUGGCAAGCGCAGGUAUAUACCGAAGAACCCUCCCUCCCCCUUCAAUCGAGUUUUCAUCACCGGAGGGAAAGAAAAUCUUUACCGAAGCUCUUGCGAAGGGAACAAUGGAGGGUUUCUUCAAGUUAAUUUCAUACUAUCAGACUCAAUCAGAGCCUGCUUUCUGUGGUUUAGCCACUAUUUCUGUUGUCCUCAAUGCUCUUGCUAUUGAUCCCGGUAGAAAAUGGAAAGGUCCUUGGAGAUGGUUUGAUGAUACAAUGUUGGAUUGUUGUGAGUCUUUGGACAAGAUUAAAUCACAAGGCAUUACAUUCGGAAAAGUUGCGUGCUUGGCUCGAUGUAAUGGAGCUAAAGUUGAAGCCUUUCGAUCGGAUCAGAGCAAUAUUGAUGAUUUUCGCAACCGUGUGAUUUCGUGCUCUUCUUCUGAGGAUUGUCAUGUCAUUGUGUCUUACCUCAGGACUCCACUUAAUCAGACUGGAACUGGGCAUUUUUCACCGCUUGGAGGAUAUCAUGCUGUAAGAGAUAUGGUCCUUAUUUUGGAUGUUGCUCGAUUUAAAUAUCCUCCUCAUUGGGUUCCCCUUACCAUUCUUUGGAAUGCAUUGAAUACCAUUGAUCAAGAUACUGGACAACAUAGGGGGUACAUGGUUAUUUCAAGGCUUAACAGGGCACCAUCAAUACUUUAUACUGUGAGUUGUAGACAUGAAGGUUGGAGCAGUGUUGCCAAAUUUCUAACAGAAGACGUUCCUCUUAUUCUAAAAUCAGAGAAUCUAAAAGAAAUUCCAGAAGUGCUCUCUGUUGUAUAUAAAUCUCCUCCUAGUGAAUUGAGAGAGUUCAUCACGUGGAUUGUUGAGGUUCGCAGGCAAGAAGACGGGAAUCUCACAUUGAGCGAGGAGGAGAAAGGAAGGCUAGCAAUCAAGGCAGAUGUACUGGAACAAAUUCGGUCAACUGCACUCUUUAAACACGUGAUCAGGUGGUUGGAUUCAGAAAGAUCAUGCUGUGAUACCAUUGCAAACCUCGGUGACAGAGAUACUUUGUCAGCGCUUGCAGCACGUGUUUGCUGCCAGGGGGCAGAUCUCUUGACUGGUUGUCGUUUGUCGGGUGGAAAUUGCUGUAGUAAAAUAGAUGUAAAACAUCUGAACGUUGAUAGUGAAAAUCCAGUAACGUUAAUUUCCGGAACUGUUACUACCACUGGAGGCGGUGGUGAACAAGGAGUUGAUGUAUUGGUUCCUUUGUGUCAAAGGAAGCCGAGUAGCUUGUGUCUGUGUAAUGAGGGUCAGUGCAUUGGAAUGCACCCAUCUACUGCCGAUGUCUUAACAGUGCUUUUAUUCGCCUUGCCCUUGCAUACAUGGUCUGGCAUUAAAGACGAAAAGCUGCGUGUUGAAGUUGCGAGUCUUCUAACAACUGAAGAUCUCCUCCCCUUACUUUCAGAAGAGGUUUUGUUCUUGCGAGAGCAACUUCACUUUCUGAUGACUGAUAAUGGUGCUCCUUCUACCUGA